AUGGAUCAUCAUUAAUACAUAGAAAAAAUAACUGAGGAGAGAAGGAUUCGAGAUGAAUAGUAAAUUUUUAAUUUAGGUACCUAAGACGCAAAUAAAGACUUUUGGAGGAAGAGAAAAUCAAAUAACAAUCCCUUUAGUAACUAGAAACAAUAAAAAUAUAAUAAUUAAAGGAACUUUAAGAUUCUCGUCGAUUGUAAUCAAAAUUAAAUAUGUCAUUUAUUUAAUUGAAAUCAGAUGAACGGAGUUAAAAGGUAAAGGAAUAAAAUAGAAGAGUCAAAUAAUUAUUAGAAUAAUUUAGUUAAGAAUAGUAAUAAUAGAAGAUUAAGUAAAAGUUACUUGAAGAAUAGAGAGAAGAAGAAGUGAAAUAAAAACUUUUAUAAAUAAAGGAGAAAUUUAAACUAUUGACAGCAGAUGAAAUAAAGGAGCAUUAGUUAAAAUAUAAGAAAUAUUAGAAUGAACACUAAUAAUAAUUGAUAAUUUUAAGAGAUCAUAAGAAAUUAUAGGAUACCUACUUUUCUUAGUAAGUUUAAUCUAGAGUAAGAAGCAGAACAUAUUAAGCUCACAUAGAGAUGAUGAAAGAAGAAGAAUAAAAAAAAAAAGAAAGUUAAGACAAAUUACGCAAACAAAUUAAAGAAAGAUUUGCUUAUGAUCUAUUUGUAAAAGAACACUUCUUUCCAAAAGUAUCUCAAAGCAUUGAUUUAACUAGUCAAAUGAUUAUUAAUCAAAAAUAGAAUGAUCUAAUACCUUCAAUAAAAAGUGAUUCUAGAGUUUUAGGAAAUUUGUAUUUGAGAUAAAUAAGAAAAUUACCUAAAAGAUCUAGAAUUAAGUCAUAAAUUGGUGUUGAAUAAUCAUCAUCAUCAACUCUAAAACGAGACUAUCUAUCUGAGAUUCGAUAAUUUUCAAAGAGAAAGACCCCUUAGACUCCUCUUGAUAUUAAAUUUUAAGCUGACAUGUAUAUAAAUAAUUCUAAAUAUUAAAGAUUAGAAAGGGAAUCUAAAUAAGCAUAUACAAAGAAUAAACUAAAAGGCGAUAAACUUCUGAUGGAAUCAAUUAAAUAAAAAAUGAUGUUGUUAGAAUUAUGA